AUGUUGAUAACUGCGCGCACCUAUUCUGCCUCUCAAUCCCUGGACCGAACCUUCACCUCUGAAGGCUCCCGAUACCACACCCUUUCUGGGUGGCGUAAAAGCCCCAACGCCAAACAAGCAGCAGAGAUGUUGAUGAUUCACCAAGUAGGCAGUGUACGAGUAGGGGAAGUGGUUAGAUAUACCAUCACCUACACGCCCGCAGCUGACCCAAUCCUCCCCAUCCCCUCCGAGCUCUACGUCCGGGUGAAGAACACCUCCGCGCUUCCGCUGCGCGCCGCAUACCUUCAUGGCCCCUACACACUCUACGCCGCCUGCUACCCGGCGAAAUUCGACCCGAAUAUCAAGUAUGAGCGACAAGAUCUAGAAGGCGCUCCGCAGUAUGAGCCGUAUCUCAAGGCCGGAGGUGGUUGGGACGCCGUCAUCAAGGUCCCGUCCCACGUCCAGGAUGCGCAGAAUUUCGGAUUAUCCGGGAAUGACGGAUCGAAUGGGGAUCAAAGUGUUACGUGGAUUGUUGAGAUACAGUCGCAGGUGAUCUUCUCCUCUAGUGCGGCGGUACAUUUCGAAUUGCUGGUUGGCCGCGAUGAGAGAUCGCUGGAAUACUUCUCUGGCGGGAGUUGGAGUGGUGGCCAUGGCCCUCCUGGUAAAUUACUGGAUCAUUGGUCGCCUGAUGCUAGGGGGAAACAGGCACUUGCUGCUAAGGGUGUUUAUUCGAAGGCGAUUGCCUUGCAGGUCGAUGAUACGAAUAGUUUGUGGAACAGUCCGCCUUUUCCUACUGCCGAUGAGUCGAAGGAGGAUGCAGAGGGCGAGAGUCAUGAUUUGACAACUCCUACGGAAGAACAUCCGGACCCGCAGAGCGGAUCUGAAGUACCUGCAGAUGCCAAGAAGACGAAGAAGAAGAAGAAGAUUCAUCUUGUGCUACUGACGCAUGGGCUACACAGCAACCUGGGCACGGACAUGCUCUAUAUGAAGGAAAGCAUCGACGCGGCUACAAAGAAGUCCAGGAGGAGAGCAAGCCAUGCCAAAUCUGCCGAUGGGAGUCAAGUUGAUACCGACGAAGAGGACGAAGAGGAAAUAAUUGUCCGAGGAUUCUCUGGUAACGCUGUCCGUACUGAGCGCGGUAUUCAAUAUCUCGGAAAGCGUCUGGCUAAAUAUGUCUUGCUCUUGACAUAUCCCGAUCAACCCUAUUUUCCUCUCAAAGGCUCCAAGCCGAAUCCACUCAUUCGACCUUUUACUGCUCGCAAGCAGCAUAGUCACCCAUCGAAUUCUCAUCAUGUGGCCACCGAGAACAGCGACAACACCAUUGGGAGUGAGGAUCACCCUUACCAGAUCACUAGUAUCAGUUUCAUCGGGCAUUCCCUCGGAGGAUUGAUUCAGACAUAUGCAAUUGCAUACAUUCAGAAGCACUCCCCCGAGUUCUUUGACAAGAUUGAGCCUGUCAACUUUAUCGCUCUCGCAACUCCUUUCCUCGGUCUCAGCAAUGAAAACCCAAUGUAUGUCCGUUUUGCGCUGGACUUAGGUCUGGUUGGUCGUACUGGGCAGGAUCUCGGGUUGAGCUGGACAGCACCGAAAGUCCGAAGUGGGUGGGGAGCCAUCAUUGCUGGAAGAGGAGAUUCAGCAAAGGACCAAACUCAACCGGAUCCUGGUUCCAAGCCACUUCUCCGGAUCCUUCCCUGUGGCCCGGCGCAUGAGGUUCUCAGCAAGUUCCAGCAUCGUACUGUGUACUCGAACGUGGUGAAUGACGGAAUUGUUCCUCUGCGCACCUCUUGUCUCUUGUUCCUGGACUGGAAAGGUCUGGACCGGGUUGAGAAGGCGAGAAGGGACAAUGGACUUGUCGGAACCAUGGCUGAAUGGGGAUGGGCAGAGUUGACUGGAGCUCAUUCGAAAUCACCGCGACUGGGUCGCUCUGGUGAUGAAUCGCCUCUGACUGAAUCAGCCGAGACCGGUCAGCAUUCACAUCCCACCAUUGAAGUUCCGCAAGGACAGAAUGGCGACGAAGGGAACGACGCCGUCUCUCCGAGCCCCGGCCAUUUCCUCACAAGUCCUGCUCAUCGUUUGUCUCACAUGAGCAUCCCAGAAGAGAAUACCGCGAAAGAGAAUGCCUCAGCAAAUGCGUCUCUUGGCCCCCUGGACACCUUUAUGUCAUUAUUCCGUCCCAAGGAGAACAAGACUCCCCAUAGCGGCAAGAAUUCCCGCAUCUACAAACGCAGCCAAACGCUCAGCUCUUUCGAAACUGACGGUCCAUCGCCUGUGGCCCACGGCCAAACACACGAGAACGACGGUGUCCACACACCCCCGAAAACAACAUUCUUUGAAUCUGCCGGAGAUUUACUGAUGCCACCACUUCCACCACCAGAGUUCAUCUUGGACCCUGCCUCGCGGCCGAGAACCAUAUUCCACGACCGCAUUUACCACCCAGAAGAUAUACCCCCUCCCAUGCCCGUCAAGCGACGCACUCUCGCAUUCGGCUCCCUGCAGAACAAGCAAUCCAAGUCCGCACCCCAUACGGCGACCCAAUUACCCCCAAGCUCAAGCUCCAGCGCCAACAGCGCCGAGAGCGGCCUCAAGGUUGAAGAGAAAAUUGCCAGAGCCUAUCACCGCGAUCUAUCAUGGCGCAAGGUCCUCGUCCGACUCGAGCCGGAUGCGCAUAACAAUAUUAUUGUGCGACGGAUGUUCACCAAUGCCCACGGGUGGCCUGUUGUGAAACACCUGGUUGAUACGCACUUCGCGCAUACGCCCGUGGUGGCCAUUGAAGAUUCGCAGAAGCGCAGUGUGGACCGAGCACGGUCUCCUAAUAUCGGACCGACUAGCUCGGGUGAUGAGGUCGACGAUCAAACUAAGACGCCUGAAUUGGAGACGGGUGCAGAUACGGAUGAUCUGCCUGAUGUUGCUGGAUUAGAUGUGUCUGAUCCGUUGCAGGCUCAUGAUCAUGCUCAUCGGAGUGAAACUUUCUCCGGUGAGAAUGAGUCCCAGCGGACCAAGAGUCCAACUGAACGGACUUGCGUGUCGAGGCAGGAUUCGGCUCGAUGGACGGAUCGAGAAAUCGAUGAAGACGACUGUGAGUCUGGGUUUGAGGAGGAGGUAGGUUCUGGUUUCCGAUGGGCUCGAUAG